AUGCUCAACGCGCCGCCAAACAAGUACAGCACAUUUGAGGCUGUGCCGACGAAUGGCCCGCAUCCGCUGGACGCUGCGUCGGGUCUGUCCAAGCUAGCGUUUUCGUGGGCCGAGUCGAUGAUGGUGCUCGGAAACAAGCGCCAGCUGUCGCCUGACGACUUGUGGGCGCUCCAGACGGACAACAAGGUCGCGCCGCUCACGGCUGCGUUCUCGGCUGCGUACCCGACACACAACCGCGGCAUCCUCCGCACGUUCUUCUCCAUCUACUUUUGGCAGUUUCUCUGGCUCGGGUUUCUCCAAGUGUUCACGGCCGUGUGCGACUUGUACGGCCCAGGGUUUGUGCUGGGCCAAGUGAUUGUGGCCCUGGAAGCGCCCGAAUUCGACUCGGUCUAUGUCCUCCAACUGAUCGGAUCGCUGUACGUGUUGUCGGCGAUCUCGGCAUUCGCCAAGGUCCACACCAACUUUUUGAACGACAUCGUGGGGAUCCGAUUCUCGGCGAGUCUGCGCUCGAUGUUGUUUGAGAAAGCACUCAAGUUGAGCGCCAAGUCGAAGAAGGAAAAGACGGCGGGUGACAUUGCCAACCUGUUCUCGGUUGACGUGAUCAACAUCAUGGUGUUUCCGCUCACGGCGCAUCAAAUGUGGAUCGUGCCGCUUCAAGUCGUGGCCGUGCUGUACUUGCUUUUCCAAGUCGUUGGGUGGGCGUGCCUCGUCGGCCUCGCCGUCGUCGUGACGAUCGUGACCGUGAAUGCGCAGUCGGCGGUGCUGCUCGGGAAAGAAGAGGAAACGUUGUUCGAACGCAAGGACCACCGCAUGAAGCUCCUCAACGAAGUGUUUGGCGCGAUCCAGAUCGUCAAGUUCAACGCGUGGGAAGAGAAGUUUCGUGCGCGCGUCCAGGAGCUGCGCGACCUCGAAGCGAGCUCGUUGUGGAAGUUUUAUCAAUACGUGAUCGUUCUCAUGACGCUCAUCAACUGCACGCCCGUGCUCGUGACGCUGUCGGUGUUUUCCGUCUUCACACUGUGGAUGCAGCAGGCGCUGACCGUGUCCGUCGUGUUUUCGACCGUCGCGCUCUUCAAGUCGCUCCAAGACGCGAUGGCGAACCUUCCGUUCUCGAUCAUGAGUCUCGUACAGUCGCUUGUGUCGGCCAAGCGCAUCAACGACGUGCUCCAGAUGGAGGAAGUGAACCCGUUGAAUGUGGCGACGCCCGAGUCCAACCCCGAGCUGGCCGCGACGUACGCCAAGGAGCACGCGGUCAUUGCGAUCGACAACGGGUCGUUUGGGUGGGACGCGGCCAACCCGCUCUUUACGAAUGUCAACCUCCGCAUCGCCAAGGGCGAGCUCGUCGUUGUUCACGGCGCUGUCGGUCAAGGCAAGUCGUCGCUGUGCUCGGUCCUCCUUGGUGAAAUGGAAAAGUACCACGGCACGGUCUUUGUCGGCGGCGACAUUGCGUUUUUUGGCCAGCAGCCGUGGAUCCAAAACACGACGAUCCGGGAAAACAUUUUGUUUGGCAAGCCGUACGACCGCGUCAAGUACAACAAGGUCGUGGACGCGUGCGCGCUCUCGAACGACCUGUCGUCGUUCCCGGCCGGCGACCGCACGGAAAUCGGCGCCAAGGGGCUCAACUUGUCGGGCGGGCAAAAGGCUCGCGUGAGUUUGGCCCGGGCGUGCUACAGUGACGCCGACGUGUUCAUUCUGGACUCGCCGCUGUCGGCCGUUGACGCGAUCGUUGCGAGUGAGAUCUUCAAAAAGUGCAUCCUCGGCCUCCUCAAGCACAAGACUGUCGUCCUCGUCACGCACAACCCGGAAAUCAUCGAGUCGGGCGAUGUCGACCGCGUGUACUUAAUUCAAGACGGCAAGAUCGUGCCGUCCACGAACGAGUCGCGCGCCGCGUCGAGCCCGACCGCCCUUCCCUCACCCUUGCCGUCGCGUGCUCCGUACUGGUCCGUGACGAAAGACGUGCCGGUCUUCGCUCCGGCCGCGCCGGUCACUCGCGAGUACGACCUCUUAGUCACGCCGACCCUUCGCACGCCGUACACGUUCAACGCAGCAGAGAUGCUUUUCACGCCGCGCAGCACACUCAACCACCACGAGUUGACGUCUGGCGAGUCGAACCACGAAGACGGCCGCCUCGUUGUGGACGAGAACCGAGCCGAAGGCCGCGUGUCCAAGGACGUUGUGAUCAAGUACCUGGACUCGAUCGGCGGGCGGACCGCCGUGUGCGUGAUGCUGGUCGCGACUGUCGGCAUGCAGGCGCUCAAGAUUUCGAGCGAUCUGUGGCUGACGUCGUGGAGUAACUCGGGCCUGACGAUGGCGCCGGAGGACUUUUCUGCUUCGACGAACCACAACAUGUUGGUGUACGGGUCCCUCGCGCUCGGCAGCUGCCUGCUCACGGGGAUCCAAAGCUCGUCGGUGUUUUGGUACGGCGUGAACGGCGCCAACAACCUGUUCCGCGCCAUGCUGCACAGUCUCCUGGAAGCGCCCAUGCGCUUCUUUGACACGAACCCGAUCGGGCGCAUCCUGAAUCGGUUUGGGGACGACAUCAUUGCGUGCGACUUGCAAAUUCCGUUCUCGAUCGCGAGCAUGCUGUUUGAAACGUCGAGCGCGCUCCUCACGCUCACGACGACGCUCGUCCUGACGCAAUGGCUCGGUGUGUUUGUGUUGCCGCUCUUGUACAUUUACUACCGCAUUGGCGCGUUCUUUCUCGAGCCCCUUCGCGAAGUCAACCGCAUCCAAAAGACGACGCGGUCGCCGCUCAUCAGUCUUGUCAGCGAAGGCAUCGACGGGUCGGCCACGAUCCGCGCGUACGGCCCCAAGCAACUGCGCCGGUUCUACCGCGUCCACGACAUGAAACUCGAGAUCUUUUGUGCCUCUCGUUUUGCCAACUCGUCCAUCAACCAAUGGUUCAGUCUGCGCAUUCAGCUCAUCAGUAGCACGAUCGUCGCCAUGAUCUUGCUCGCGGUCGUCGUCCUCCACGAAUCGCUGAGCCCCGGCAUUGUCGGUUUGCUCAUCACGUACGGCCUCACGAUCCCGUCCAACUUGGCGUUCUUGGUCAACAUUUGGUCCCAAUUGGAAACGUCGUUGAUCUCGCCGGAACGCCUCUACGAGUACAUCAGCUUGGAAAAGGAAGGCGAGCGCACCAACGCGGCAUGCGACGUGCCGUCGUGGCCGGCGACCGGACAGGUCGUGUUUGACAACGUGAGCUUCCGCUACAAGCCCAACGACCCCCUCGUCCUCAAGAACGUCAGCUUCAACGUCCAGGGCGGCGAGAAGAUUGGGAUCGUCGGUCGCACGGGCGCCGGCAAGUCGUCGUUGAUGAUGGCGCUGUUUCGCAUGAACGAAGUUGCGUCGGGUAGCAUCGUGAUCGACGGAGUCAACAUCGCGACCGUCGGCCUCAAGCACCUUCGCAGCAGCCUCGCCAUCAUUCCGCAAAACCCCGUCCUCUUCAAGGGCACCCUGCGCAACUACCUCGACCCGUUCGACGAGUACACGGACGAUCAGUUGUGGGAUGCGUUGCGCAAGGUCAAGUUGAUGGACCGUCUGGCGGGCGUCGAAGAAAAGCUGCUCGGCCCCGUGGAAGAAAAUGGCGAAAACUUUAGCGUGGGCGAGCGCCAGAUGCUGUGCAUGGCGCGGGCGCUGCUGCACCAGGCCAAGAUCGUCGUGCUGGACGAAGCCACGGCCGCCAUCGACCACGACACGGACCAGCUCCUGCAGCGCGUGAUUCGAGACGAGUUUGCGACGUCCACGGUGCUCACGAUCGCGCACCGCCUCGACACGGUGCUCGACUGCGAUCGCAUCAUGGUGCUGGACCAAGGCCAGUUGGCCCAGUGCGACGCCCCCAAGGAACUCGUGUCCCAAGGCACGGGCAUCUUUUUUGAGCUUGUCACGGAGGGCGGGUACAUGGACAAGAUGGUCGUAGCGUAG